AUAGUUAUAAUUAUUAAUUAUAAUAAAUAAUAAUUGUUAUUACUUAUUAUUUAGAUUUGACUGAUUGACUGUGAGAAAUUCUUCGUCAUUGGAUUUUAAGUAACAUUUUGAAUUAUUUCGAAUCUGGAUAAGUUGCACCUGUACGGUUCGUUUUGUUUGUAUUACUAUUAUUUUAAUGUUGCAUAGUACUGGUACGUACUGCGUCGGUUGAUUUAUGUUUAUUUCGUAGUUCAUACGAAUUACGAUUUACGAUACCGUCGCCAAAACGCCGAUACUCGAUAGCAAUACAUUGUCCAGAUUUUGGUUAUAAGUGUACAUUUUUUUAUAAAACAGCCGAGAUGUCUGAUUCUGUUGGUUGGUGCUUAAUCGAAAGCGAUCCCGGCGUGUUUACUGAACUGAUUCGCGAACUAGGCGUGACUGGAGCUCAAGUCGAAGAAUUGUGGACACUGGACAGCAGCUUGUUUGACGCAAUCAAGCCUGUUCACGGUUUGAUAUUCCUCUUCCGGUGGAUAGGAGAAGACCAACCUGAUGGACCAAUUGUCAGAGAUUCAAGGAUUGAAAAGUUAUUCUUUGCUAAACAGGUUAUUAAUAAUGCUUGUGCUACACAGGCUAUUUUAAGUGUACUAUUUAACUGUCGUCAUCCAGAUAUUGACAUUGGCACUACCCUAAGCGAAUUCAAAGAAUUUUCUCAAAAGUUUGAUGCUAAUAUGAAAGGUCUGGCUUUAAGUAAUUCACAAAAAAUUCGCUCUGUACAUAAUUCUUUUGGAAGGAGCAAUUCUAUUUUUGAAUUUGAUGAUACUGCUAAGCCAAAAUCAAAAGAUGACGAAGCUUAUCAUUUUGUCGCAAUUGUGCCUAUUGAAGGUCGUCUUUAUGAAUUAGAUGGAUUGAAAGAAGGCCCAAUUGACUUAGGAUUAAUAAAACCCAAUACAGAUUGGGUUGAAGCUGCAAAACCAUUUAUUGAGAAAAGGAUAAAUAAAUAUAAAGAAGGUGAGGUUCACUUUAACUUGAUGGCAGUAGUAUCUGAUAGGAAAUUAAUUUUGGAACAACGACUAUUGAGUCUGAAAACAGAAGAAUUGGAUGAAGCAACUAAAAAUAUUGAAGAAAGUAACAUCCGUAUGAAAAUUGCUGACGAGGAAGAUAAAAUGAAACGAUACAAAAUUGAAAAUGCUCGCCGUAAACAUAAUUAUUUACCAUUAAUUGUGGAAAUAUUGAAGUUAUUGGCCAAGGAUGGAAAGUUGGUACCUUUGUAUGAAAGAGCUAAAGCAAAAACCUUAGAAAAGGAAAAACAAAAAGUUGGCAAAGUAUAGUUAGAAAUUAUGUAUCAUGAAAACAUCAACAGAUUUGAAAACAUAAAAUUACAAAAAUUUUUUUGAGAAUAAGACCGAUUGAUAUUAAAAAGUGAUGCAUAUA